AGCGCGGGGCGAGUGUUGCAGCCGCUAUGGAGGGCUUCUCUUGGUAGCGCCCGAAGCCUGGCAGAGUGGGCCGGCUUUCUGCUCUUGUAACCAGGAGUAGCUUCUAGGGCGCCUCAAGCCGGGGCGGCCUGGCGCAGCGGUGAGGCGGAGCUGCUUUGUGGCCUGUUGGAUUCCUAGCAGACGUUUACCUGUCCAAGUCAGUAGUGAAAAUGCAUGUUAAGUCAAUCAUCCUUGAAGGAUUUAAGUCCUAUGCUCAGAGGACUGAAGUCAAUGGUUUUGACCCCCUCUUCAAUGCUAUCACUGGUUUAAAUGGUAGUGGGAAAUCCAACAUAUUGGACUCCAUCUGCUUUUUACUGGGCAUCUCCAACCUCUCUCAGGUUCGGGCUUCUAAUUUACAAGAUUUAGUUUACAAAAAUGGGCAGGCUGGUAUAACCAAAGCCUCAGUGUCAAUCACAUUUGAUAAUUCUGACAAAAAGCAAAGCCCUUUAGGAUUUGAGGUUCAUGAUGAAAUUACAGUAACAAGGCAGGUGGUUAUUGGUGGUAGAAAUAAAUAUUUAAUCAAUGGAGUAAAUGCAAACAAUACCAGAGUACAAGAUCUCUUCUGUUCUGUUGGCCUUAAUGUUAACAACCCUCACUUUCUCAUCAUGCAGGGCCGAAUUACAAAAGUAUUGAAUAUGAAACCUCCAGAGAUUUUGUCCAUGAUAGAAGAAGCAGCUGGAACCAGGAUGUAUGAGUACAAAAAAAUAGCUGCCCAGAAAACUAUAGAAAAAAAAGAGGCUAAGCUGAAAGAAAUUAAGACGAUACUUGAAGAAGAGAUUACUCCAACCAUUCAAAAAUUAAAAGAGGAAAGAUCUUCCUACUUGGAGUACCAAAAAGUAAUGAGGGAAAUAGAACAUUUGAGUCGUUUAUAUAUUGCCUAUCAGUUUUUGCUGGCUGAAGAUACAAAAGAACGCUCAGCCGAGGAGUUAAAAGAAAUGCAAGAUAAAGUUGUAAAGCUUCAAGAAAAAUUGUCUGAGAAUGAUAAAAAAAUAAAAGCACUUAGUCAUGAAAUAGAAGAGUUGGAAAAAGGAAAAGAUAAGGAAAUUGGAGGUAUACUCCGAUCUUUAGAAGAUGCUCUUGCAGAAGCUCAGCGAGUUAAUACUAAAUCUCAAAGUGCCUUUGAUCUCAAGAAGAAAAAUCUGGCAAGUGAAGAGAACAAACGCAAAGAGCUAGAGAAAAAUAUGAUUGAGGAUUCUAGAACUUUAGCCGCAAAGGAAAAAGAGGUUAAAAAGAUAACAGAUGGGCUGAACGCCCUUCAGGAAGCAGGUAACAAAGAUGCUGAAGCUUUGGCUGCUGCACAGCAGCACUUCAACGCUGUUUCCGCCGGCCUGUCUAGCAGUGACGACGGGGCCGAAGCAACUCUUGCUGGUCAAAUGAUGGCCUGUAAGAAUGACAUAAGUAAAGCUCAGACAGAAGCCAAACAGAUUAAUUUUUGUCAACUGUUCUAUUUUAGGGAUCCAGAGAAGAACUGGAAUAGAAAUUGUGUGAAAGGACUUGUAGCUUCCCUGAUUAGUGUGAAAGAUACUUCUGCAACCACAGCUUUAGAAUUGGUGGCUGGGGAACGGCUCUACAAUGUUAUAGUAGACACAGAGAUUACUGGAAAAAAGUUACUAGAAAAGGGGGAAUUGAAACGUCGAUACACUAUAAUUCCACUCAAUAAAAUUUCAGCCCGAUGUAUUGCUCCAGAAACUCUGAGGGUUGCUCAGAAUCUUGUUGGUCCUAACAAUGUUCACGUGGCUCUUUCCCUGGUUGAAUACAAACCAGAACUUCAGAAAGCAAUGGAAUUUGUCUUUGGAACAACGUUUGUUUGUAAUAAUAUGGAUAAUGCAAAAAAAGUGGCCUUUGAUAAAAGGAUAAUGACUAGAACUGUAACUCUAGGGGGUGAUGUAUUUGAUCCUCAUGGGACAUUGAGUGGAGGUGCUCGAUCCCAGGCAGCUUCUAUUUUAACCAAGUUUCAAGAACUCAAAGAUGUUCAAGAUGAGCUGAGAAUCAAGGAGAAUAAGCUACAGACUCUAGACGAGGAAUUAGCAGGUCUUAAAAACACAGCUGAAAAGUAUCGCCAACUAAAACAGCAAUGGGAGAUGAAAACUGAGGAGGCAGAUUUAUUGCAAACCAAGCUUCAGCAAAGCUCAUAUCAUAAGCAACAAGAAGAAUUAGAUGCUCUUAAAAAAAUCAUUGAGGAAAGUGAGGAGACCUUAAAAAAUACCAAAGAAAUUCAGAAAAAAGCAGAAGAAAAAUAUGAAGUAUUGGAGAAUAAAAUGAAAAAUGCAGAGGCUGAAAGGGAGCAAGAACUGAAGGAUGCUCAGGAAAAACUGGAUUUUGCCAAAACGAAAGCAGAUGCUUCUAGUAAGAAAAUGAAAGAAAAACAACAGGAAGUUGAAGCUAUCACUCUGGAGCUGGAAGAGCUCAAGAGAGAGCACGCAUCCUAUAAGCAACAGCUUGAAGCUGUAAAUGAAGCUAUCAAAUCCUAUGAAGUACAGAUUGAAGUAAUGGCAGCUGAGGUGGCUAAAAAUAAGGAGUCUGUAAAUAAAGCCCAAGAAGAGGUGACCAAGCAAAAAGAAGUGAUAACAGCCCAAGACAACGUAAUUAAAGCUAAAUAUGGCGAAGUAGCAACACAUAAGGAACAAAACAAUGAUUCUCAGCUUAAAAUUAAGGAACUGGACCACAACAUCAGCAAACAUAAACGGGAAGCUGAAGAUGCUGCUGCAAAGGUCUCCAAAAUGUUGAAAGACUAUGACUGGAUUAAUGCAGAGAAACACCUCUUUGGGCAACCUAAUAGUGCCUAUGAUUUCAAAACCAACAACCCAAAAGAAGCUGGUCAGAGACUUCAGAAGUUGCAAGAAAUGAAGGAGAAACUGGGGAGAAAUGUCAACAUGAGAGCUAUGAAUGUUCUGACAGAAGCUGAAGAGCGGUAUAAUGACUUGAUGAAGAAGAAGAGAAUUGUAGAAAAUGACAAAUCCAAAAUCCUUGCAACUAUAGAAGACCUUGACCAGAAGAAAAACCAAGCCCUAAAUAUUGCUUGGCAAAAGGUGAACAAGGACUUUGGGUCUAUUUUUUCUACUCUCUUGCCUGGUGCUAAUGCUAUGCUUGCACCACCAGAGGGGCAAACUGUAUUGGAUGGUUUGGAGUUCAAGGUUGCUUUAGGAAAUACUUGGAAAGAAAACCUAACAGAACUUAGUGGUGGUCAGAGGUCGUUAGUAGCUUUGUCAUUAAUAUUAUCCAUGCUCCUCUUCAAACCUGCUCCAAUUUAUAUCCUGGAUGAGGUAGAUGCAGCCUUGGACCUUUCUCACACCCAGAAUAUUGGACAGAUGCUGCGUACUCAUUUCACACAUUCUCAGUUCAUUGUGGUGUCACUGAAGGAGGGUAUGUUCAACAAUGCAAAUGUCCUUUUCAAAACCAAGUUUGUGGAUGGUGUUUCUACAGUAGCCAGAUUUACUCAGUGUCAAAAUGGAAAGAUUCCAAAGGAAACCGCAUCCAAGGCAAAAGGACCCAAAUGACCACAUCUGGAAGUUAAAAGUACAAAUUUACUCCUUCACCUUGACCUGUUUUUUAAACAAAGAACUUUGGCUUUACUUAUUUAUGUAAAAAUGUAAUGUUUUGUUACUUAACCCGUAUCUUCUCUUCCUUUAUGUAAUCACUUAUAAAUGAGUAUAGAUUCCUCUCUUCUUAAUUAGUGUAACUGUGGUCCAAUUACUGUGAUUGUGAUUUUAUGCAUGUCCUCAAACGUUUUCUUACACAAUUCUUUUAUAUAUAUAUAUUGGGGAGCCUGAGAUACAUGGUUGGUGGGUAAAUUCUGUUUGCAAAAUUAAAAAAUCAAAGAAACAGAUGAAAUUAAAUUAUAGGAUAAAUAUAGCUGAUAGUCAGCUUUUAAUUAGUUUAAUUCCUAAGGUAAUAUUAGUGUGUUUUCUGUUGUUAAGAAAGUCAUUUAGGUAAGGAAGACUUAUAAAGCAAGUAUCUGGACCAACAAUGGGAACACAAAGGAUGCUGUUAGGCAUGCAGGAGCUGUUUGUGGUUAGUUCUGUGAAGAUACAAUGCCAGAGCCCUGAUGUAGACUCAGUGAUGUUUGGAUAUCAUGUUUCUAUAUGCUUAGUAAUUGGUCUGUGCAAUCUUAAGUUUUUCAGAAGUCUUCACCGGUUUUUAAUAGAAGUCUGGGAGAAGGUCUGUUGCAUGCUGCCCUCCACGUUUAUCUGAAGUCUCCUGUUUUCAGAGAUUUUUGUCAGGCUUUUCAUAGUCCAAUCAGUACAGUCUAUUGGUGAAUGAGAAUGUAUUUAUUUUCCUUCAUUCUUAUACAUUUAUAAAAAGAUCCAUCUAUUUUACCAAAAGAACUCAAAAUUUGUUGAUUAUUAUAUUUCUUAAUGUCUUCUGCUUUCCAGUUCAAAAGGUUGAAAUUCCUUUUCAAAAGAAGCACUACCAUCCACCAUAAGAUUACUAUAUGUAGGUCCUGUUAUCUCUAGGUACAUCGCCAGAGCAGUGUCUCCAAACUUUGAAUCUUGAAAGCCCUCAUAUGAUCUAAUCCCAUCUUGAGUAUGUUAUUUUGGCCCCACAUCCCUUCUUGAUACUUGAGUCUUAUUAGUUCCUUUAUGUUAUCCUUCCCCUAUAUAUGCUUAUAGUUCUUGGCCUUGGCUUUAACAUUUCUCAUCCUUCCUUCUCAUGUCAGAUAACACAUCGGAAAGGAUUGAAUCUGGAGUUCGUUCUUGUCCAUUGUGGGAGGAGAGGGAGACAAAGCUGUAAAUGCUGAAGUACAGGAGGUCUAAUACCACAUAUGAGACAGACAGGAGUUUAUUUUCUCUCAAAUGCAUUGCAAAUUGUUUGCCAGUCAGUUCACACUUGCAGCAAGGUCACAUACCUGUUGACCACAACCCAGUCAGCACUGGCUAUUAGUUUUAUUACUUCUGAUUUGCUAGUUAUAAAAUGGUACUUCAUUGCUGUUUUAACUAGCACUUUCUCAAUAACUUGUGAGGUUGAAUAUUUUGCCAUACGAACCAGUUUUCUUUACUGCAUAUUUUCUGUGUUUGCUUCCCUAAUUUGUGUCACAUAUAAUCUUGCUCUUGGAUGAAAAUCCUCAAACAUUAAAUUUUUGUUGAGUCA